AUGGGUAAAAUUGUAAGUUCUGUUGCUAUAUUUACAAGGGAAGUACUCUAAUUGCGAAGCCCAGAGUUUCUUUAGAUUCUACACAAAUAUAGGCUGCGUAUUACUUCCUGAAAGUUUUAGCUUGCGCAAGCGCAGCCAAGAUAUUCAACAAAAUUUGCGGUCGAUAGAAUCAAAUGGAGUACGCCAAAUGCGACGCUCAGAUUUUCCUCAUGUUAGAUUUUGCGCACAUGUUGGGUAUAGGCCAUAUAUCAAUACUUGAAAAUUUUAGCUCGCGCUUCGAUAAGAGAGCCGAGAUAUUCAUCGGUCUUUACGACCGAGACACUACGUGAAACGUGGUGAGCGGUCAGAGAGAAAAACAUUUUUCGGCCAUACCUUUACCAGUUUUGUGCCGAAGAAAUUGACUUUUUGUGGAAGCAUUACUUUAUAUGGUAGAAAUAACUGCAAAACUUUUUGUGCCGAAAUUCGUCAUCCUCAUUUACCGCAUUUUUUCCAGCUUUCGAUCUAGAAAUCUCUUUACAAAGCGCAAGCAAUGAGUCUCUUAUAUUUUUUCGAAAAAAUGAAUCUUAAUUUUCGCCAAGUUUCUUCAAAAUCUGAGAGUCGCACUUGAGCACUUUCUUUGUCAGUAAUUUUGCAAAAGAUUUUCAACCUACAUCUUCCCUUUCUUUGUACCCAUUUUUUCACAACUUUGAGCAUCAAAAACUACUUUCCUUUUUGUCUCCAAUCUUGCAUUCCCAUCGCUCGCGGAGCCUGCAGUCCCCUUGUUUUUCACUGUAUUAUCACUCAAGGUGAUGGAAAUUCGAAACGACGUUUGCAGAAGAAACUUUGGUUCACAAGUCUCAUGUGCGACGCUAAGAUUUUCUCUAAAUUUAGCACAACCUUCGAGCAUAGGCUACAUAUCAAUUUUUAAGAAUUUUAGCUCGCGCUUCGCAAGAGUAGCCGAGAUCUAAAACGAGCUUUGCGGUCGAGAGAGUACGCGAAACGCGGAGAACGGUCAGAGAGAAAAACACUUUUUGGCUUUAUCUUUUCCAGUUUUGUGCGGAAAAAAUUGAUUUUUAGUGGAAAUACUUCUAUUUACAGAUAGAAAUAGCAAUGAAACUUUUCAUGCCAAAAUUCGCAAAAAAAAAAUUCACAUUUUUCUAAAUUUUUGAGUGCCGUUGCAAAGCUACGACCGGCAACUGCAGCCCUCAAAAAAUGCACAUUAUCUUCCCGACAGACUGAUUGUAAAAAUACGACUUUUUUCAGACCGUCUCCUGCCGCCUCGUCUUCUGUCCCAAUGGCUUGGCCGAGCUGGACAUUCAGACCACCGAGAUCCGGGUGCCCGAACACAGCACGGUCAAUCAAGUUCUGCGUGAGAUCAUGAACAGCAGGGAGUUCGAGAGGGAGUACUAUUCGUUGUACGACUUCACCUACCUCAAGGACGACAAGUACGAACGCGGGUUUCUGUAUCAGGAUGUGGAAGAGGGCUCCUACUACAUCUUCGCAUUUCUACCUCAGACUUAUUCUUAUGUAAGUGUUAUGAAAAGAUUUAUUUAUAUUGGCAUGUCAAUUUUUCUUGCGAAAAAAAUAUUUUGUACGAAAAUUCGAGCUGCGCCCGAGACUUUUGAAAAUUUUGGUGACAUGUUAUACGAAAGCUAUUUAAGAUCGAUUUUUAUGCGAAAAAAAUCUCAGAGUUUUUGAAACAGCGUCUGUCGGGAAAUAAUGAGGGCCACAAGAAAAUAAUGAUUGACUCGUCGCUGAAAUGAAAAGCAAUUUGAUUUUCUCCGCGACACAAUUCAUUUUUUCAGCGGCUAUUCGAUUUUUGAUGCGACAGAGUGCUCAUUAUUUUCCCGACAGACUGAUGCCGCAAGUUUUGCCAUAAAUUUUUUUCAUGUUGUUUACUACAACAUGACCUCCAAAACACCUUCUUCCCAGCGGAAAUGUCGCAUCGAUGACUAAUUUAUCUUUUACAAUUUAUGAUCACAUAGUAAAAGUGUAAAAACACAUAAAAACUUUUACUUUCCGACCUAAAUUUACCUAUAUCUUUCUCGUGAUAUGCUCAUUAUUUUCCCGACAGACUGAUAGUACAGAUCUUUGACUGCUAUUUCACAAACUUCCUUUCCUAAUUCCCUUCAAUUCCAGUCCCUUUACCCCGAUGGAUCUCGUCGAAUUCUGGACGAGCGCUACAGCACCAACGACUACGUGAAAGUCGUCCUCGAAGCGGUCCUGCACGGACGCACCGGACAAGAGUACGAGCUUCGGGUGCUGGACGAGCGAGGCGCCUGCGUUCGGGAGCAUAAAAAGUUCACCUACUACACGAUCGAGGACCGUGGGCUCGAGACGGCGCACUUUGUGCUCGAGGAGUUCCCGCUGGAGCGACGGAUCGACUUGGAGACGGUGGCGCGCAACGCGCUGGACGAAUUGAUCAUUGAGGCGCUCGAUUUGCCGGAGGAAAAGUUCCCCGUCCUCUAUCAUUUCGUCAUUGCGCAGCCGGAAAUCAUGGACGCGCAAUAUUUCACGCUGAAAUGUCUGCGGGAGAUCCCGCAGUUCGCGAUUCUGCUGCGAAUCAUGGCCGAGGUGAUUGGCGAAAAGGAUUGGCGCUACUUCUUCAAGAGCAUCGUCAUGGUCCCCACCAGUCUGAUCAUGAGCUUCGAGGGACUGCCCAUCGAGAUUAAGAACACGAAGCCGAAUCCCUUCAACUUUUACUACCUGAUUAAACCGAUCCGCAAGAUCUCCGAGGACGCGCUGUGCCGAAGGCGCGCGGUCCGACGAAAAUAA